AUGGAGGUUACACGCUGUGGCAUCCACGCCUUCCACGAGACUCUGGGCAUCGACGUGGAUGAGAUUCGCUUCUACUGGGUGCUUCGAUCCGAGCUCGAACAUGCUGCCCAGAGUGCCUAUCGGAUCGUUGUUGCCUUGCAAGCAUCAGCACUCGAUGGUGAUUUUAGCUCUGACGUUGUCUGGGACACGGGCAAAGUCGAAAGCAAUGCUCAGAGAAACAUUUUAUGCAAGCCAGACGGCGGCUUCAAGUCCGCGUCUUUCCACUUCUGGAAAGUAACCAUCUGGGACCAGGACGGACAGUCCACGUCCAGCGGCGUCAAUGAAUUCUUCACGGCGUACCCGAGAUCGAGCAGACUGCUGCCGCCGUAUAGCAUGAACCAAACCUACAUGCCCCAUACCAGCCUCAUCUUCCGCACAUGGUUCGAAGACGGAGCAAACCGCUGGAAAGGCGUCUGGAUCGGCGACAGCAGCGACAAACCCUUCUACCUCCGCAAGAACCUCCACCUCCCCCGUAAACCCACACGCGCCAUUGCCUUCGCCUCCGGCCUGGGCCACUUCAACCUCUCCUGCAACGGCGCUCCCGCAUCGACGCACGUCCUCGACCCAGGCUGGACAAACUACCACCGCACAGUCCAAUUCGUCGCCUACGACCUCAGCGACGCGCUGACGGAGGGCGACAACGUCAUUGGCGCGCACGUGGGGAACGGGUUCUACGCUGGUGACAAGGGCGGCGAUGAUCGCUUCUUUUGGCCCAUGUAUGAGGAUAACACGUAUGUGCGGUACGGCAACGAGCUUUGCCUCUUCGCGGAGCUGCAUUUGUUUUACGAGGAUGGGAGUCGUGAGACGGUGAUUUCGGGACCGGAUUGGAAGACGAGGAAGAGUGCUACUACGUUGGCGAAUAUCUAUGCCUCGGAGGAUAAGGAUUUGCGGAAGUAUCCUGCUGGAUGGGACGCGCCUGGGUUCGAUGAUUCGGAGUGGAUUGCCUCUACGCCUGUAACUGGACCUAGGGGAAAGUUGAGAUAUCAAAGCCAGCCGCCUGUCACGCUUCACGAGACUGUCGAGCCGGUUUCGAAGAAGACUUUGGAGAAGGGCGUCGUGACGUUCGACCUAGGGCAGAAUAUGUCCACCAUGGUUCGCGUCCAAGUCAGCGGACCGGCUGGCGCGGAGGUCAUCGUCAAGUUCUCCGAGAGCGUCGACGAGACCGGCCGCGUCCUGAUGCCCGACCCCCUCUUCAAAGACUUUGAAACAAAGGUCUUUUCCAAGAUCACACUCUCCGGGACAGGAGACGUCGAGAUCUGGGAGCCGGACUUCAGCUUCACCAGCGCGCGAUACAUCCAAAUUGAGGGUGUCUCCCUGCAGACAGGUGAAGGCCUCCCCGUCAUCCACUCCGUUGUCGGCCGGCACAUCUCCUCCGCGUCCCGAAGACUAGGCACACUCCAGACAGACAAAGCCGACGCAAACGCCCUCAUCAACAUGUGCUACUGGUCCUUCGUCAGUAACCUGUUUAGUUACCACACCGACUGCCCGCAAAUCGAAAAAUUCGGCUGGCUGGAAGUCACGCACCUCUUGGCGCCCGCGACGCAGUACAUCCGCGACAUUGAGGCGCUGCACUCCAAGAUCCUGGACGACAUUACAGACGCGCAGGAGGCGGAUGGGCUCGUGCCGACGAUGGCGCCUGAGAUUCGGUACAUGUGUGGCCCGCUCCACGAUACGAUUACCUGGGGCGGGGCGGUUGCGUUGAUCCCGGAGAUUUUGAAGCGGUAUCACGGCUCGACGCAUACUUUUGGAAAGUUGUAUCAGCCUUGUGUCCGGUAUAUGGAGUAUCUGCGGACAAAGGAGCGUCAAGGGGGUUUGAUUGAGCAUGGGUUGGGUGAUUGGGGUCGAGAUAUCGCGUUUGGGAAUCACCAGGCCAACAUCGAGACGGCAAUCUACUACAAGUGUCUGCGUAACGUGGAGUUGAUGGCCGAGGAUCUCGGCUACGCAGAAGACGAGAAGAAGUGGCGCGCGUGGGCUGACCGCAUCUACGAGACCUACAACCGCCACCUCCUCGUCACCGACAAGACAGAGCACCCUUACGCAUUCUAUACAUCCCUCGACGACCCCGCAGCCCACGACAGGACGAUGAUCGCCCAGGCCAUGGCCCUGCAAUUCGGCCUCGUACCGACAGAGCAUGUAGCAGACGUGCAGCAGGCCUUCCUAGACGACGUGGCAGACUGUCGGAUCCGCGCGGGUGAAAUCGGGCUCAAGUGGCUCUGGAACACCUUCACGGACGUCGACCGUCCAGAUAUCGUCAUGGCAAUGGCGCGGCAGGAGGAGCACCCCUCGUACAUGCGAUUCCUGCGCCGCGGGGAGACGACGCUGAAUGAGUUCUGGCAGGAUGCGUGCCGGAGUAAGUGCCACGACAUGCUGGGGACGAUUUACGAGUGGUUCUAUGAGGCUGUGCUUGGAAUCCGGGUCGAGGAGGAUGGGUAUAGGACGUGGACUGUGAAGCCGCCGUUGAAGUCAGAGUUUGAUUUUGUGGAGGGGACGUUUGAGUGUCCGUAUGGGCUGAUUGAGGUUACCUUUAAGCGUGAGGGCGAGGAUGUGAGGAUGAGGGUGGUUGUGCCAACGAGUACGAAGGGGACUUUGUUGUUGCCGAGAGACGAGAGCGCGGUUGUGAUUAGGCGUGAGGGUGCCGAGGGGGUGGAGGGUGCGUCUGGGAAGAGGGUGACGCUGCUGCCGGGUCGGUAUGAUUUGGUUUUGCACCCAUAG